UGGAAAUCAUUUGAGUGGUUGGCAACUCAGUCAGCAGUUCAUGAUUGAUACUCUGGCAACCCUAAUGUAGUAAAAGAUGUCUUUUACGAGUAAAUUACUGCAGAGUAGCGCACGGCUAUGGAAUGGCAUCAAUGCCACACGUGGCUUCCACAUGUUAAUGCGUCCCACAACCAAUGCCACAACAACCACAACAGCGGUUCACAAUGCCAUUGGCCAGGAAUUGGUGCCCGCAACUAAUUUGGUAUCCCUGUUGGCACCUUUUAAUGCACUUGUUCAGCAAGUGGCAGGAUUUAAAGUGAAGGGACGCUUAAAGCGGCGUUGCAAGGAUUGCUAUGUUGUUGUACGACAGGAGCGUGGUUAUGUCAUCUGUCCAACGCAUCCGCGUCACAAGCAAAUGUCGAUGAAGAAACGUGAUUACAAGUCCUGGAUCCUGACACACGCCACACAAUCUAAGGAUAGGGGCUAUUAAUUCAUAAUAUGGUUAUUUUUAAAUAGUCAUUUGGCUUUUGACUUAAUUAAAAAAAAAAUACUUGAAUUAAGCCCGUACAUGUUCAUACAUAUUGCCGUUCAAAUCAAGCUUACAUAUAGCACAUAUAAAUUUAAA